AUGAUACCUAGGGCUGCUAAGACUGAAGCUGGCUUACAGUUCGACGGAGACAACAACGACGAAAUUGUGGACAACGAAAGCAACAGCGUCGUCAAAAUCACGGACCGCGUCACAAGAAUGUCUCUUUCGAAAUACGGGCUUUACGGUCUGCCAAGCACUAUAUGGAGUGGUAUGGCCUAG